UAAACUUCGGUAACUUAGUCGAGAGGUUUACUCUUUUCCGCUUUCGAUGAUGACCGCUCGCAGUGAGCGCCUAAGAGGAGAGCAUGCAACAAAAAAUACUUACUUAAUAAACUGAUGUUAAUAAACGACAAAAGUUAGUAGUAAAUUUUUUUCUUUUUUGCAAAAAACGAGAAGUCCUCCGUCUCCGUACGUGACCGUGGUUGCACGUAACGUAUCUCCCAUGCAUUUCUUUGUUUUGGCUUUUUAUAUCCUCAAAAUACGCAUUUCUUACAACUUUCCUAACUCCUAAGCAUAAACACAAAACGUUAAAACAAACAUACAUAUAUAAAUAAAAUAUUGCAAGUUUGGUACUGGUGCAUAAUCUAAAACAAUAUAUACCGCACGAAACUAAAACAGAAAAUUCAAAACUUCAACGAAAAAAAAAAAUGGAGAAUCCGAGCUCAAACAUAGAAAAAGUUCAAGAAGAUUGUUAUAACGAGUGGAUGAGUUUACAAGCCAGACGCAUGACGGAGCUUAAACAAGCUCUAUCCAACGGUGAAAAAGAUGAUGCCAAGCUUCGAGAUUUGGCACGAACGGCGAUCCGAGACUUUGAAGAUUACGCCCGAAAACGGUCCAAACACUCUCGUCGAUAUAGCUCAAACUAUUACGCUCCGACAUGGAACACUUGUCUUGAAAACGCACUUCUUUGGAUUGGAGGUUGUCGUCCUUCUUCGUUUAUACGACUCAUAUACGCCAUGUGUGGGUCUCAAACUGAGCACCGUUUCUCUAGCUUCCUAUGUAACAACAACAUCGACGAUCUAAGCAUGGCUCUUGGUGAGACACAUGGCGAAAUAGGAGGAGAAGAUUCGAUGAGUGAUCUAACGGCUGAGCAAUUAUUCAAGAUCAACGAGCUUCAUCUGAAAACGGUGCAGGCAGAGAACAAGCUGAGUAAGCAAUCUGCAAGCUUACAAGAGGACACGGCGGAUAUACCUAUGGCCAUGGCUGCAUUUUACAAAGAGGAGAUCGGCGAAACUGACGUGGUGGUGGAGCGUGCGCUUGAUAAGCAUGAAGAGGAUAUGGCUGGUUUAUUAGUUGAAGCAGAUAAGCUGAGGUUGACCACAAUGACUAAGAUCGUUGAGAUUUUGACGGCGGUUCAGGCGGUGGAUUUUCUUCUCGCCGGGAAAAAACUUCAUUUGGCGAUGCAUGAGUGGGGAAGAUGUAGAGAACAUCGCCGGGUUGAAGCUUAUGAUGGUGGUGAUUCCGGUGGAGAAGUUGCCGGAGAGUGAUUGUUGUCAUUAAUAAAUAGUUAGGUCAUACAAUAAUAACAAGACUAGACUUAUCUUUUUUUUGUUAUAAAAUAAAAUAAAAAAGAUUGGACUGAUCUUGGCAUUAUAUAGUAGUAUUUUAGAUUUUUAGAACAUUUGUUUUGUUUAGUUUCGUAGUAAGGAAAAUGCUUUAAUUCGUAGAUUUUUAGGAUAAUAUCGCUAUACUGUAAUACUUUUGUUCUACUAUCGUUAGAUAUUUCCAGUGUAAGUUCAUCUUUUGUCUA